AUGGCAGCGGUCAGGGCCCACUGGUGGCGUCGUACGCGCGCUGCCGGAAGUGCAUUGUGGGUUGUUGUUUUUUUCCCCGCAGGAAUGGCGGGAGCAGGUUUUGAUCCGCUGGGUGAGGUAGUGGACGGCAGCGAGCUGCGGGUGGUGAGCUCCCUGGACAGCCAGGGGCACUGCGUGCUCAGUAACCUGGCCGAGGUGGUGGAGAGAGUGCUCAGCUUCCUGCCCAUCAAACCCCUGCUCAGAGCUUCAUGGUGUGUGGGUGACACUGCAUCCUCCCCCCCCGCCAUGGGCAGGACACCACACUCAUACACCAGGCAUGGACUAAGGAGAACGCUCAGAUAGUGAAAAAACUACAGCUCCCAUGAUGCUGCGCCAGCCUGCUUAAUGACAAAGCAUCAUGGGAGCUGUAGUUCUAACUGUCCAGCUUCCUUUUGACCUCCCUGGAACUCCCCAUACAUGCUUACAGCCAACCUCACUGACAUUAAAAUGUAUCUGGGUAACUGAGUGAGCACUAACCUGUCACUCAGCCUUUUUAUCCUGAUAUGUUAUCUGUUAUGCACUAUAUAUGGGCUGUGCUAUUCUGUAUAAUGUGUAAUGUAUGGCUUAUUUAGAAUUAUAGGAUAUGGUGUAAUUACUGUAAAAAAGAUAAAUAUAUUCACAUUUUAGCACCUGGGCUAUUCUGUAUAAUUAGGAGUAUAGUAUGUGACUUAUUUAGAAAUUAUAGCAUAUGGCAUAAUUACUGUAAAAGACGAUAAAUAUUAAAUGCUAAUGGGAAUUCUGUAUAUUUGUUAUCUUCAGAAGCAUGUUCUGCUUCAGAUGUUAUACUUUUGGGUUUUCUAUGUUGUGUUUCAACUGUUCCCGAGCAAGCUCACUGGUUAGUGAGUGUGGAGCUACAUGUAUGACAACAGGACUGACAUCAGAAAUAACCACACGCAAUCAUUUGGGACCUCUGACAUGUAACUAGACAGGCACACAAAUGCACCACUAAUAUAAGGGAGGGCACACAAACCGGAAGGUCAGUCAACUCUGCAGUACUUCUUGACCAAAGAACAAUGCCAAUUCUCACACUAGUAGGCACGAGCAUUCGUAGAGCUAAAAAUAUGAACUUUAUUAUACACUGAUUGAAGUACAAAGGACAUAUAUCAAACAAUAUACAUUCAAUACCAAACAUCAAAACUAAACAGACAUCACAGCAAGUAUACAUACAUUACUCUAAAACACACUGCUUAAGUAAACGAAUCCUUUGACCAACACCACCAAAUUAUCUCAUACAUGCCGAGAAUAUACAAAAAGGAACCCCACCCCUCCACAUUUUAUUAACAGCCUUUACAGGUUCUUGCUGAAACUAAAUAUAAGAAUUAUCUAUUUUGCUAACAAUGUUUAAUUGCUAGGCAUGGACACCAUCAAAUUACGUAUACUCUAGCAUCCAUAAAUUGGCAUGCUUCAGUUGACCUUGUGCAUACCGAUUUAGUAGGUCUGGCUAAGACCUCUUACGUGAUUUUUUUUUUCAUUCCAAAUUGUUCUCCAGAUACAGAGUUGUAAUGACUUGAAAACAUAAUUUGAUGUUUGUGCCUAAAUGCUGAUUAGGAAAAAUUCUCAAACCAUGCUAUAGACACUACUUUGCUUAAAUUAUGCAAUUCGAUACAAUUUGGUGUUUAGUAAACUAAAUAUAAAAAUACAUGAUCAUGUUUAGCAGAAAAUUCACAUAAACACAAGGUAAAAAGAGAAGCUGUAAAUGUUAUCCUAGCAACCUACAUUUCUACCUUACCUUUACCUUUUGUGUUACUGUGUGUCCAACUCAUCUGGUUACAAAUGUGUCUGUUAGUCCACCCAUAUUACAGUGCUACGGAAUUUGUUGUCGCUUUAUAAAUAAUAUCUUCCCCACUAGGUGGCACAUUGGCGAAGUCUGCUUUCUCUGUACAACAGAAAAUGAAUACAUUGCUUUAUUAAAGAAAUUCCCUUUAUUGUUCUAUUUGGUCAUAGAUUGCAUUAUUGACUUUGGUCAGAUUUUCAGUGUGUGUAUAUUAAUGACUUAAGAAUCAGCUUUGUUACUUUUUUAUGCAUUUGCAAUGCUCUUCUUGGUUUUAGUGUGUGCCGGCUUUGGAGGAAUUGUGCUCUACGCAAGCUAAAAGCAAGGCAGAGGAUAGCUUGGGUAUCCUACACUGAAGACACUGGAGACCUGCCAUCUACUCCUCACCCAUUGUCCAAUGUGGUAAAAAGAGAACUUGAGGUAAGGAUAUUUUACGAAUAUGUGGUGGUUGCUCAUUAUAUUUGUACGCUCUGAAAAGCUUAAGUAUGCCAUUGAUUUACCUUCAUGUGUGCAAUAGGGUUUGUUAGUUUUUGGGUUUUUUUUAUUUUUAUUUAUUUUUAUUGAGGUUAUAAUGUAUUUUACAACAAAUAAUAAAGAAUAGUUAAACAUACUAUUUGGGGAAGGAAAGGGAUGGAAAACUUGGAAAUAGGAAAGGGGAUGCAUCCAUAGCAAUAAACAUAUGGAAUAUUGUACAAAACAGUAGUUAUACAUCUUUGAACUUAACAAAAUAUAUAUUCUAUAAGCAAUAAUUUUUUUUUUUUUUUUUUAAUCUUUUUCCCAUUUUUCCCAAAUAUGUUGGUUUGCAUAUAAAUAAGUAUUCUUUCUAUAAUACAAUUUGUUUGCUUUACUAUCUAAAACCAUGGUCAACAUUUCUGUACAUGUAGGUAAAUUUUUAGACUUCCAGUAUCGAGGUAGACUUGAAGUAACUGUGAUUAGGAUGUGGCCUAUAAUUAUUUUGUCAAUUUUUGCAACAGACUCUGGGAAUUUCUUAAGUGCUAGUUCUGAUGUCAAAAUACUUAUAUCUUUGUCCACUUUAAUAAUCAAAUCAUGAAUCCUCUUCCAGUACCUGGCUAAUUUUGGACAAAACCACCAUAUGUGCGCCAUGUUUCCUGUACCUCCACAAUCCCUCCAACACCAGUUUGAGUACACCUUAUUCAUGUUGUGUAGUCUAGACGGAGCCAGGUACCAGCGAUAUAAAAUCUUAUAGUGGUUUUCAAAAUGAUCUGUACAGUGCGAAAUGUCCUUCAGAGCAGUAAAAAAAAAACAAAACAUUCUUUCAAACUGUAUUGUGUACCUAACUCCAUCUCCCACGACAACAUAUGUCUUCAGUUUGUCUGAAGGUUUAACGUUAAACAUAAAAUAGAGAGAUGAUGCCUUUUCUUCCUGGAUUAUGCAGGAAAAUCUUUUCCAGAGCUGAAAUUUCGAGGAUCAUAUAGUUUUUAUCUGUUUCUGGAACGUUAAAUAAUUCUUUCAGCUUGUUUACUAUCACUGAACAGUUAAUCCUAGAUUCGUCCGGUAAACCGUACUUGAAUUUUAAUUUAUCAAAAGACAGUAUGCCAUGCCUUGAAAACAAUUAUCUAAAUAAGCUAUGGAAUAAGAAUGUCAGAAAUCUAUGUCUAUAGAUGGCACAUAUUCCUUGAGCAAUGUGAGUGGCAUUGUUCUAUAUAAACCUCUGACUUGGUUAUUAUUUCUAAAAAUAAGAUCCCAAGUUUAAAACAUUGAAGAGAAUAUCUUCAUAGUUCUUGGUCUCUUUGUCGGGCAUACCCAAAGAGCCUCUUUGAGUAUAAAUGGAAAAGCCUUCACCUCUUCCAUUUCUAACCAUUUUGGUUUAUUCAUAUUGUUAUUAAAACGAACUGCAACUGCGGCAUUGGUAGCGAAAUAAUAUUUACGAAUAUCAGGUACGCCAAUACCCUCAUUGAAUUUAUUAUGUUGCAAAGUAGUUAGUUUGAUUCUGCUUGGCUUCUUGUUCCAAAUUAACUUUUUAAAAUUACUGAGUUAAUUUUUUAAAAGAACAAUAACGGGAUAGACAGGGGUAUGGUCCUAAAAUAGUACAAGAUUUUUGGAAGGACUGUCAUCUUGAUGGAUGCAAUCCUACCCAACCACGAGAGCUCCAUCUCCUUCUGUAAAACGGGCCAUGCCUUGUUCAGAUUAUAAGUAUGCAUUUUUGUUAAAUUUUUACAUAAGCUAAUGCCUAAAUGGUCUAUAAAGUCGUUUCUCCAGUCAUAUAAAUAUAACUUCCUUAGAGUCAUAAGGUCUAAGUGAUUAACAUUAAAGGGAAGAGCCUGUGUUUUAGAUUCGUUAAGUUUGUAAAAUGAUAUCUCUCCAUACUGGUGUAAAGUCUCGGACCUUAAACCAGAAGCGGUUACAUGAGCUGUGGGGUUGCUAUAAAGUGCCGCAAUUGCAUUUAUAAAAGAUGAAGGAACAUUAAAUUUGUUUAGUGUCUUCCAUACGUACCCCCAGUGAAUUCUAUCGAACGCCUUCUCCGCGUCUAAAGAUAGAAGUAAAGAAGGCGUCUUAAUCGAAUUAAUGUGUUGAAUCAAAUUGAUAAACCUCCUCGUUCCGUCUGGUGCUUGUAUAAAACCUACUUGAUCCUUAUUGAUAAUCAGUGGAAUCAAUUUAGCCAAUCUAUUUGCUAACACCUUGGAAAAUAUAUUUGAAUCAUUAAUAAGAGAAAUAGGUCUGAAAUUAGAGCAUUUAUCUGGAGUUUUACCCAGUUUUGGUAAGGCAACUAUCUGUGCACACAAGGACUCCUCUGGCAUCUUACCCCCCCCCCCCAGUCUUAUAGGAAUUGAAUAAUUUUGCCAUAUGGGGAAUUAAAAUUUCACUGAAAGUUUUAUAAUAUGAGAUGGUAAAUCCAUCAGGACCAGGGGCCUUCCCUGAUGGCAUAGAUUUGAUUGCCUCUGAUAUCUCCUCAGCCGAAAUGUCACAUUCCAAACUCUCCAAUUUGUCUGGUGGUAUCCGAGGCAAUGUAACCCUAUUCCGGAACUGAUACAACAACUGGCAUCCAAAUUCGAUCCGAAAUUGUAUAAUUUGCUAUAAUAUUCAGCGAACAAAUUGCUAAUUUUUGUUGGAUGAAAAACUUUUUCCCCCUGAUUAUUAAUCAAAUAGGCAAUUUUGGAUUGAGCAUUCACAUGCAGCAGUUUGGAUGCCAGAAGAGUUGAGGCCUUAUUGAUCUUUAAAUAAUGUUUUCCUAAGUCGUCUCACCAUGAGAAAGGUACAGUCUAAAUUGAUUUUGUUGGUUUUUGACUUGAUAUCUCCUAUCAUUGCUGAUAAGGAAGUCGAUGGGCCAGAUUUGUUUGCCUGAUUCAGGUUAUAUAAUUCUUUUUCUAAAGUUCUUAAGUCUUUGUUAUUAACUCUCUUCAGGUGAGACGCCUUUGAAAUUACCUCGCAACACAGCCUUGUGUGCAUUCCAAGCCACCUCACCAGAAACUUCAGAUGAAACAUUAUCUGGAAAAUAAUCAUUUAAAGCCCUUUCAGCUAAUUUCCUAUUUUCCUCUUCACUGAGCAAGUAAUCCCCAAUUAACAUACUCUGUUCUGGAUUAAAGAUAUAAUCUCAUCCAGAUGCCUUACAAUAGGAGCGUGGUCCAACAAGUUUUCAAGAUGCGCGGAAUUAGAGCACUCUGAACCAUAAACCUGUCUAUCCGCGAAUACAUAUUCUUCAAAACAGAAUAAGUAAAAUCUUUCUACGUCAUGCAAAAGUCUCCACAUGUCUUACAGACCACAUUCAAUCAAAUAUGUAGAACAGUUUUCUGCCAGUCUGUCACUAUCCCUUCUGCUAGACUGAGUGGAAUCUUCUCUAGCAUUAAGUUCACCAUCCAAAACAAAAUGCGUAUCAGCACACAUUAUCAGGUGUCCGCAUGCAUUCUCGUUCACUAAGUCCAUUAUGUUUCUAGAAAAAUUUAACUGUCCGGUGUUCAGGAAAUAUACAUUAACAAUAGUAUACUCUAUAUUGUUAAUUUUACCUAUCCAUAGCACAUAUCUCCCAUCAUUGUCUGUUACUACUUUAUCUGUUGAACAGGCCACAUUUCUAUUGAAAAAAAUCGGUGCUCCUCUAGAUUUUGUUUUAUAUACAGUAUGGGAUAGGGAUGGGAAGAGCUUUUUCAUUAACUUAUGUUCUUUAUCUGCUUUAAAAUGCAUCCCUUGUAUACAUACAACAUCAGACUUGCAUUUCUUAACUUCUUUAAACAAUAAUCUCCUCUUGUGCGCAGUGUUCAGGCCCCUCACGUUAAAGGAUAAAAAUUUCAGCACCAUAAUCUACAGUGAGUAUUGUAGAAAUAAGAGAAAAGGAAAAUAACAAUGUGAGAGAUCGAACACCGACACUCCAAGAGAAAAUAAGCAAGUCCAAUAAUUCUAUAACACAUAAACCAGAUUUCUUGCAAAUGUAGACAAAGAUAAGGCAGUAUAAAACCGAUAUAAAUAUUAAAAGCCAUAUUGAGUUAAGUAAAUUAAACCAUAUAAUGUCUAUUAAAGUAGUAUCCAUUGUAUGUAACUUAUUAGUCUCAAAAAAUUGGAUGGACAAGAAAAUAUAAAUUAUAAAAAGGGAAUAAAAAACUUGGGUAUAUUCCCCUAUCAGGGGAAAAAAUAAAACAUUCACACAAAAAAAGGCAAUGAGGGAGAAUAAAAGAAAAUUCUCCAUCUCUGGAUAUUAGGCCCAGGUUGGGGGGGGAGAAGCUUUUUGGGAACAAAGGGAAUCAUUGUAUUUAAAGUACAAUCAUUAAACAAUGUACAAAUAAAAUAAUUAUUUUAAAAUAAAUAUGAACUUGUUAAGUCAUUAAAGUCCUGGGUUAAUCUUUGGUGUUAUAUAACUUCAGACAUCUGAACCCAGAAGUUAAUCCAACUAAAGAAAUUAAAAGAAGAAAUAUAUUCACAUAUUCAAGUAAUCCCAAUAAUCUUCACAACAAAUGAUGGGAUCUGUUAUUUGAUUUAAAGAUCAUGAAAAGAGAGCAAAAAGUGACAAAAUGAAAACCCAAAACAAAAUCGCACUGUGAUGCAAUCGUUGCAUUGGGCAGACUGAGAUUUUAUAUGUUUGGGGGCAUAACCAUGACCCCAAAAGGUGUGUGUGUGUGCUGAGCUCUUUUGAUUAGAGCUCCUAUGACACCGGCACGCAUGCGCCGCAUCAUAAAAAGGGGUGGGUGUCUGGCUUCAUAGCACAGGUGACCGGAGUCUCAUGCUGCGUGUCAGCUGCGGUUGCCGGAUCAAAACGGUGGCUGAUUGACGGACCGCAAAGGCACGUACAGAGGGACUGACAGUUUGCCACUAUAUUAUCUUUAUAUGGUGCAAAGAUGAUAGCAACACUGUGUUGCAAUGACCUAUUACAUUAAGGCAUCACAAAUUACUUACUGAUACUGAGGCUUUCUUUUCAGCUGAGUGUUCCUUUUCUGUAGGUUAUACAUUGUUAUAAUUUAUGUUAUAAACUACCAAUUUCUGGUAGUUUUCCAUCACUCAACAAUCAGCCGCAUAUCAGUUUACUAUUGCUGAACCUGUGCUGGAAUGUCCGCCCUUACCGUCUGUACCAGUCUUGCUUUGUGUGACCUUGAAUUCUUGAAGGACAGUAUGUGCUCAAUACGUGUGUACUUGCUUAAAAGUAUUAAAUGUCAAAAUGUUAAAUAUAUCCUGUCUUUUGUUUUUGUUUUUCAGCAUAUUUAUGUGCUUCCACACAUCUUUCUUUAUGUCACAGACAGUCUGAUUUUACAAACUGAUGGCAACGACCAAGUUUCAAAGAGGGGUAAGAUGGCACGGCAGGCUGUGCUGUGA